CACUAGGUUUGAGGUUAGGUAAUACAACCUCACAAAAUUCGGAGUAGUGGUAAUUAAGCAAUUGGAGGCUAUUUCAAAGACACGAGUCAACCACCAAAAACGUAUUUUUAGUCCCCAGUCACGACUUUUUAAUUAAAUUUUUAUUUGUAUUACAAAAAGUGAGGUUAUGUCACCGUCACAUGUCAAUGUUUUUGGCUAAAUUCUUGCCCGUGUAUCGGUUAUAUCAUUACGUAAGACCCGUAGUGUCCCCCCCAAACGACCAUACUAACCAUCCUGAGUGGUUAGAUCGUUGUGUUAGCGAUAUUAAGGUUUAAAUUUUGAGGUUAAAGUACAUAACCUCAAAAUCAUGGCGUUGUUACGCAAAAAUUUCAGCGAUAUCCCCCCCGACGCUGUUAUUUUAUCAGAAGAGGAGGCUCUCAAGUACCAAAGCAAGCUCCUCAACACGUGGAAAAACACCAGCGACAUUUUUGGGUACAAAUUCGGGCCGUAUAUCCUAAGUGCAGCUGGUUUUUUUAGUGGCUUCUUCCUGAACUCCUACUACCGGCAAAAAUUCAAGCUUUUGGGGCACGGCCGCGCCUCCACCUACCUCCCAGUAUGCAUUCUCCCGGCGACUUUCUCCCUCCUCACCCACGUGGAGUUCGUGCAAAAAGAUGUCGUUUUGCAGAAACGCGGCACGUGCCCUACAUGUCUCGAGAUGCGGGGGGCCGCGAUCCAGGCCCUCAUCGGAUGUGUUUUCCCCACGGUGCUAGCCCCCAUGGCCAACCUAUCCUUGGCACACCGAUAUGUCACAUUCAAUGUCCCUGACUUGGCCCGGGAGCCGGGCAAAGUCUUCAACUUGAUUCGGGCCAAGUCCCAGCCCAUUUCCACAGUCCUCUUGGCGAUUUUCCUGGGGCAGGCCUUUUUUGGGGCCCUUGUCACUUACCUCGAAGCCAAAUCUGUGAUAAACGUCAACACGAAACUGGCCGAAUUGGAGAGACAACUCGAAAAUUCCUAAAUAAAAAAUUUCA